AUGCAUUCUAUUCUAUAUGAUAUCUGGCAUCAGAUAGUCUCGUUGAAGCCCUCCUUCAUAUCGAAAAGCCCGCAUUUUAAUUUUAUUACUGUGCACUAUUUCUACAUCAUUGGGAUAGCUUUAUUUGGCUCCAUAUGCCUCUAUCCUCAUGGGAAUAUCAAGUAUAUCGAUGCCCUCUUCAUGGGGACCGGCGUGGCCACACAGAGCGGCCUCAACACCGUGGAUCUCAAUAAGUUGAAUACAUUCCAACAAUUCGUAUUAUACUUUAUCCCAAUGCUGGCAAACCCAAUUACCAUCCAUACGUUUGUUGUCUUCUUAAGAUUAUAUUGGUUCGAGAAACGCUUCCAACACAUUGCCAAGGAGGCCAAGAAGAAUAGGAGGAGCAUAUCGAAAACCAUGAGCAAAGCGAAGACAAAUGAACGGGAUAUCGGGCAGGAGGAGAUGGGUGUCAGAGGACGGAGCAUUGUCGUGAUGCAUAACACAACUGUGCCUAACGGCAUGACGAAUGACCGUGCUGUGCCAGAGGAUUUGAAGUAUCACCUUGAAAAGGGAAAGCAACUCCACCAAGGAGAGGAAGUCCCGUCGUCCAGUACUUCCGAAGGUGCUAGCAAGGGCCAAAGCUCAGAGUCUGAAGAUGACCGAGCAUCAGUAGGAACCGUUCAGCGGUCUCAGACCCAGAUCAAAUUUGCGGAUCAGGUGAAACCAAGUAAUGGACAGACGGACGAUCCUCUCCGGAUACCCACGCGACGGAAUCACGAAGAUCAUAUUGCCUUCUUAGAACGCCAACGUAACCCAGAUAAUAGCGCUGUACUUCGCAUUCCUGGACCAAGGGACGCUGAUGCUGGCAUGGCACCAGAGACGGUUGACCAUGGCGAUAAUAUGCAUUACACCUUAUCUGGGAAAGCGUCAACAUUUAGCCCCCGGCGAGAUAGUAUCGAUACAGCCGUGGAUGGCGACGAGCAAGUCCCCGAGACUCGGAAAACCAGGCCUCGCAAUCUCACAUUUACAGAGCCAACGAGGCCGCCACCUGGAGAGCGUAUUGCCAAUGAUGUUGAAGCCGCCAAACAUACAUUAAAUGUGUUCAAAUUCCGCAAACCAAAGUUCCUUAGCAGUAAAUCAGAAAAAGCACAGGAGGGCCAUCCUGCCCAUUUUUCCCUAGCGCGAAGUGCCACUCUUCAGGGGAUCAGGAGUGCAUUGUCACGAGAUAAGGAUGACACAAUGCCGUAUCUGAGUUGGGAGCCCACAGUUGGGCGAAAUUCCGCCUUCGUGGAUCUCACAGAAUCACAAAGGGAAGAAUUGGGGGGCAUCGAGUAUCGGUCGCUAAAGUCGUUAGCGCUAGUCUUGACUCUCUAUUUCUGGGGUUUUACUUUACUUGGAAUAUUGGGUCUGGUGCCAUGGAUCUUGCGAAGCCCCUCCUUUGGGGCGGUUGUCACUGAUAUUGGCCAAGGAAGGGUUUGGUGGGGAUUCUACACCGCAAACUCAGCCUUCACCGAUUUAGGCUUUACCCUUACGCCAGAUAGUAUGAACUCUUUCCAGCAGGCGAUUUGGCCGCUGGUAUUGUUGAGUUUCCUUAUUAUUGCGGGGAAUACUGGGUUUCCUGUUAUCCUUCGGUUCAUCAUCUGGGUUACCUCAUUAUACGUUCCUAAGGAAAGUGGCAUCUGGGAGGAGCUUAGGUUUUUGCUGGACCAUCCACGUCGGUGCUUCACGUUGUUAUUCCCAUCAAAAGCAACUUGGUGGUUAUUCUGGAUAUUGGUGAUGCUGAAUGGUGUGGAUCUAAUAUUUUUUAUUAUUCUUGAUCUCGGCAACACCAUUGUCACCCAACUUCCUGUCAAUAUCCGAGUUUUAGAUGGCUGGUUCCAAGCCGUGGCGACCCGAACAGCAGGCUUUGCCGUUGUAAACAUUUCCCAGCUUCAUCCCGCUAUUCAAGUGUCAUACCUCAUAAUGAUGUAUAUCUCCGUACUUCCCAUUGCAAUAUCGGUUCGGCGAACGAACGUCUAUGAAGAGAAGUCUUUAGGGAUUUAUGGCUCGGCCUCACAAGAAACUGAGGACGAAGGUGAACCGUCCUACGUUGGUGCGCAUUUGCGGCGACAACUAUCCUUUGAUCUCUGGUAUAUCUUCCUAGGACUGUUCAUCCUUGCUAUCUCGGAAGGCAAACGACUUCAGGGUGAUGAUCCGGAUUUCACUCUAUUCACGGUUCUGUUUGAGAUUGUCAGUGCAUAUGGUACUGUUGGUCUCUCACUCGGGUACCCCACCAUCAACGCAUCCUUCUCUGCGGAAUUUGGAGUCAUCGGCAAACUUGUCAUUAUCUCCAUGCAAAUUCGUGGUCGCCAUCGUGGCCUUCCGUAUGAAUUAGAUCGUGCUAUCCUUCUCCCCAGUGAAAAUCUCCAAUUAAACGAAGGUCGAGAAGACGCAGCAUCUCUACGCAGGCAAAGUUCGAUGGCCACAAAUGGGCCGGGCGGUAGCGGUAGCGAGAGCCGCAACCGCAGCAGGAGUAAGAGCACUGACCGCCAUCCGCCGAAUUUCCUCAAUCGUCUCCUCCAUCCCGGCCCGAUGAUACCAAGCAGUCAUCGUGAUGUACCGCUACCACCAAAGGGGUCUACCACGCGAAGACAUAGCAUUUCUACCCCCGGAAUGCCAGAUAGGUCCAGGAGUGCCAGUCCUACUGCUACUUCUAGCGGGGCUCACAGGACUCAGACGCAGAUUAGCACGCCGGUUGGUGAAACAAGAGAUUGGGCGGGGGACAGGGAGGGGAGAAGGAGAUUUUUUAAGGAGGGUGCCAAUCCUGAGCCGCCGGCGAACGGCUCGUCGUAA